AUGAACGAACCUAACGGAAUUGCUAUUAACGGCUACAACGGCGGUACCAUUGCGCCAGGGCGGUGUUCUAACUACGAGGGAAACUGCACUUCCGGUAACUCAGCGACUGAACCCUACAUUGCGGCACACCAUUUGCUUCUUGCUCAUUCAGCUGCUGUCAAGAUAUACAAGGACAAAUAUCAAGCUACCCAAAAGGGACAGAUCGGGAUUACCAUAAUAACUCUCUGGUGCAAACCUAAGUUCCCAGAACAGCUGGCUAGCCGGAGAGCCACUCUUAGAUCACUCGACUUUAUGUUUGGAUGGUUUGCCAAUCCUAUAUUUCAUGGGGAUUAUCCGGCGGUCAUGAAAUCUUUGGUCGGGGAUCGAUUGCCGAAAUUUACAGAAGCUGAGUCGAAGCAGAUAAAAGGCUCCCUCGAUUUUCUUGGGUUGAAUUACUACACAGCAUAUUACACAGUUGAUGAACCAGCUUUAUCCAACGCUGUCAACCAUAGUUGGAGUGCAGACAGACAAACUGAUCUGGAUUGGCUUUUCGUUUAUCCGAAAGGGAUCAGAGAUGUUCUUUUGUAUAUAAAGGAGAAGUACAAUAAUCCAAACAUUUAUAUUACUGAGAAUGGAUAUCCAUACGGAUAUAAUGCCUCAACACCAAUUCAAGAAGCUCGUAAGGAUAAUUUGAGGAUAAGAUACCAUCACGACCAUUUGUGGUAUCUUUUGAAGGCUAUUAAGAAUGGAGUUAAAGUGAAGGGAUACUACGCAUGGUCGUUUUGGGAUGACUUCGAAUGGGAUACUGGUUACACAGUUGGGUUUGGCCUGACAUUAGUUGAUGUCAAGGAUAAUCUGAAAAGAUACCUCAAGUAUUCUGCCUAUUGGUACAAGAUGUUCCUCCUGCACUGA